UAACAUAUGUCGAUUAUUACAAAUUUGUGCAUUGCACGGGUUUCUAAACUAGUUAAUUAAAAUUCACUGUCAUACACUGCAUCUUCAAAGCUAUUCCUUCAUUACACAUCAAGGAAUUAUUCACUUCCCACAUUCUGAUUUCUUCCUCUGUACUUCGUCAUUGAUUCCUUUUUUUGAUGCACAAAACCUAUCAUUUUCAACUAUUUUCAACGUUUUUUUUCAACCCAAAAUAAAAAAUGUCACAAUUUAAAAAACCCACAGAAAAAAAUCUCAGUAUUGCUGCUUGUGAAAAUUCUAGCUUCAUAACAUGGGUUUCUCUCUUCAUUUGUUCAAUGAUUUUUCUAAUUUAUCUCAAUUCUUGGAUAUUAAAUGAUAAUUUCUCAUAUUUAGCCAAUAUCAUUAAUCAGGAAAAUCGAGCAGGAAAAUUAGAUGAAUGUGCAGGAAAAUAUAUCUACAUUCAAGAUCUUCCAACCAAAUUUAACCACAAUUUGGUAGAGAAUUGCAGCAGUCUUAAUAAAUGGCUAAACAUGUGUGAAUACCUUACAAAUUCGGGUUUCGGACCGAAGCUAAAGAACUGUACAAAUUGGUACGCAACAAACCAAUUUUCAUUAGAAGUCAUAUUCCAUAACAGAAUGAAACAGUAUAAGUGUUUAACCAACAUAUCUGCGUUAGCAUCAGCUGUAUAUGUGCCCUUUUAUGCAGGACUAGACGUUGCAAGGUACUUAUGGGAUAAUCAUGAUCCUAUGAUGAAAGAUAAGGCGGCCAUUGGAGUGAUGGAUUACCUUAAGAAAAAACCCGAAUGGAAGACAAUGUGGGGCCAUGAUCACUUCUUAGUAGCAGGAAGAGUGUCAUGGGAUUUCAGACGCGAAACAGAUAAUAUAUUAGAUUGGGGGAAUCGUUUGUUGAACAUGGAUGAAGUUAAGAACAUGACGAGUUUAGUGAUUGAAUCGAGUCCUUGGAGUAAAACAGAUUUCGCGAUUCCAUACCCAACGUAUUUUCACCCGUCAAGUGAUGAUGAAGUGAAAAAUUGGCAAGAAAAAAUAAGGGGAAAACAAAGGGAAUAUUUGUUUUCAUUUGCAGGUGCACCAAGACCAGGGGUUAAGGAUUCUAUCAGGAACAAAAUCAUUGAUCAAUGUUUGGGUUCGAAAGGAAAAUAUUGUGAGUUUUUAAGAUGUGAUUCGCGUAUUAAGAAUUGUGAUAAGCCUAUGAAUGUAAUGAAAUUGUUUCAAAACUCGGUUUUUUGUUUACAACCUCCAGGGGAUUCGUAUACAAGAAGAUCAGCAUUUGACGCGAUUUUAGGGGGAUGUAUACCUGUAUUUUUUCAUCCUGGUUCUGCUUAUGUGCAAUAUUUAUGGCAUUUGCCUAAGAAUUAUACGAGUUAUUCGGUGUUUAUACCAAUGGAAGAUGUAAAGAAAGAUGAAAUUGGUAUUGAAAAAAGGUUAUUAGAGAUAUCAAAUGAGGAAGUGAUUGGUAUGAGAGAAGAAGUUAUUAAGUUGAUUCCUAAGGUGAUUUAUGGUGAUCCUAAUAAUGGUAGAUUUGAGAGAUUUGAGGAUGCAUUUGAUAUUGCUGUGAAGGGAAUUUUGAAUAGGAUUGAAAAAAUAAGAGGAGGGAUUUUUUCUAGUUUUGAGAAUUUUUCUCAAGAAUUUUCUUGGAAGUAUAACUUUUUUGGGGGAUUGGAGAAUCAUGAGUGGGAUACUUAUUUCUCAAGAGGGUAAACACAACAAAAAUUUAACUAAAAAGUAUACACUUUUUUGUUAUGC